AUGUUCUACCUUCCUAAUCAAUGGAUGAUAACAAACCGCUCUGAUUCACCACGCACAGCAACUAGAAAGACCCUGCUUAGAAACAAGAUGGACCCAUCAGCUAAGCUGAGCGAAGUAGACAGUAACACUCAAGUGAGCAAUGGUGUCAGCGAAAACGGAAACCUGACAAGGUCAGAUAUAUCCUCGUUAUCGGAUCAGAAAGAACAAUCGAUAGCUGAUCUGAUCAACGAGUCCCAGAGGCUUCAAAAGGACAUCAAUAGUAUUUUUGCUGAAUUGAGCGACAUAAAUCGACAAGUUCGCAUUGACAUUGAUGAUUUCUGUCGAAUUGGUUUGCACAACACUUCCGCUAUUCUAAACAGCAGCAGCUCCGAGUAA